UUCAAUAUUGUUCAUGUAUAUAUGUAAAUAUCACUGACCGUCACCCGCUGCUAUUGGUAAAUGUUGCGCUAUUGCUAGUGUAUAUGCUUUUGAUAGAAUUGGAACCCGAAUAACAUCUUUAUGCUUGCUUGCGGUACGAUUAUGUUUAUUGCUAACUUGGAUGCUUUCUUUCAUCCUCAUAUCAACCAAACCCGCAUUGAAGACCAAGAAGAAGCCUUCAUUGCUUAAAGUGUGUCAGCUUCAACCAAAAGGAAACUCGAGCAUUGAUCAAAAGUAACGCUUCCAUCAAAAAAGGCUGGUAAUUUUGAGAAAUCCCCGAGAAGGUUUCCGUCUGUAUAAACCCUCAGGGAAACCAAAAGUAUACCAUUUUCCUCAAUUACACGAAAUCCAAAUACAUGUGAACAAAUAAACAAACAGAGAAGUAACUCUAAUUGAACAACCUAUCGUUCAUUAUCGAUCUUUGAAUUUACAUUUCCCAUUUCCUAUUUGUUUGUUUGUUUGUUUAUAAUAUAGGAUCAGUAUUUGUCUAUAAAUAGACCGACCACGCUUCAUGUAUCCAUUUAGUAAGAAAUUAUUAUUGUCGAAAUUUUUUUCUUCUGUAUUUGUAUUUUGUAUCCCUUCAAUCGGUGAACAUCUCUACCUUGUCUCCUUGAAUCAUUUCAUUCAUAAACUAUCUUUUGUCUCUUUCAAAAUGAUGCUAUCAAAGCUGGUAUUAUUCGCUUUUGUCACCUACUCUAUGGCUAUACAAAUUACAAAUCCUACAACAUUUGAACAGUGGAAAACUGGCGAGGAUCACACGAUUACCUGGAAUUUUGUCAAUACAGACAAGGAUAUUGUGGGAAUAUAUUUAAGCAACUAUUUCAGGUAUCCUCCCUUUACCAAGUUCCUUGCGACGGUUUCUGUAUCGGAUGGCAGCUAUACCACUGAUACUACCAAUUGGCCAACUGGUGGAGGCUAUCGCAUCAACAUAGGCAACCCCAAGCAUGAUGAGGAAAUAUAUGCUCAAUCAGAGGAAUUCAUUCUUACAGCUCCAGGAGCCUAAAGCAGUAAUCCAGCUCUCAUCUGUUACAUUAUUCGAACGCAGCUUCUUUUAUAGAAAGCUCUACUAACCGUCUCUCAUCUCUAGCGGACAUACUUAUGAAACGAGUAGAUCUUAGUGAGUAACUUGGCAAUAAUAAUAUUUAUUUGUUUUCCAGAAA